UUGAUGAGAUUAUUUUUUAGGGAAUAUUUGCCUAUAAAGUGGCACUUGUCGAAUAUUUAUAUGAUGAACAGGUUUUCCAUCAUCUUUCCCCAUUGGAUUUAGGGAACAGGAAUGCCAGAAUAUAUGAUGAUAUCGUGGGUAGUAUCAAACAUAAACACAAGGAACUCGAUCUAGUAGUAUUUCCAGAAGCGACACUAGUAGCAGAACCCUUAAAUACUCCAAAUGGUAGACUUGGAAUGACUUUUGUCCCUAAACCUGAGGACAAAAUAAUACCUUGCAGUUCUUCAAGAAAACAGUACUCAAGUUUUUUCAAACUAUUAUCAUGCACUGCGCAGAAGUAUCGCACCUAUUUGAUAAUAAACUUGAAGGAAAAAGAUGAUAGCAACGGAAGUAUGGAAUUUUACAAUACUAAUGUUGUAUUCAACAGAGAAGGAGAAGUUAUCGCAAGAUAUCGAAAAUAUAACCUCUACUUAGAACCAGAUACUAACAAACCUAAAAAACCAGAACUGGUUACCUUCAAAACUGAUUUCGGUGAAACCUUUGGUAUUUUCACGUGCUUUGAUAUUAUUUUUGAAUCUCCAGGAAUUGAACUAGUACGAAAAGGCGUGAAAAAUUUCAUAUUCCCUACUUUAUGGAUUCCAGAAUUACCAUUCCUUACGACUAAUCAGGUACAACAAAUGUGGGCAAAUGGAAAUGAUGCUUAUUUAAUGGCCGCAGGUGCUGCUCAACCAAGAUAUGGAGCAGGAGGUUUAGGAAUGUAUUUAGGGAAUAAAAUAACUUUGUCAAAAAUAGUCACACCACGAAUAGAUAAUUUUUAUUUAUAUGAAAACAUCCCAAAUAAAACUAGUCACAUUGAACAAAAGUGUUCUGCAAAGGUGAGCGAUAAAACUGCCAAAGAAAUGGAUAAGUACAACUUAUUCCAGGAGGACCUAUCAGAAUACUUUUAUAAGAAAUUGGAUCUAGCAAAACCAACAACGAUAAACGAAACAUUAUGUCAAAAUGGUUUAUGCUGCGAUUUUAUCAUUGAAACGACAAAUGAGGAAGUGAAAGAAUCUUUAGAUCGUUAUGAAUAUUUUCUAGUGGUAAGAAAUGGAUUGAGAACAUAUGGAAAUAAGACUUAUCAAAAUGCGUUGGAAAUAUGUGGCUUGAUAGCCUGCAAAGGAAAUUCUAUUAGUCAAUGCGGGCAAAGAUUACCUGAUUAUGAUCGAAUUUCAUGGCCUAUCACAUUCAAGAAGAUCAGUAUUUCCUCCAAAUUCAAGAAUCCCGAGAAGAAUAUGCAAUUUCCUAAUUCAUUACUAGCAGAUUUUUCUCCAAUAUCUCCAGCUUGCACCACUUGGACCAGCGAAACAGAUGACCAAAAAUCUACUAUUAGAAGAACUUUCACCACCAAAACAUCAAUAACAAAACUUCUCACAUUCGCAAUUUUUGGUAGAAACUAUGCCAUGGACGAAUAAUUAGGAUAAUAUUCUAUGAAUUUUUAUACAGUGCUGGCUAGAGAAGACGCUAGCCAAACUGCUGCCCCAGGCUGAGACACAAUUUGCCGCCCUAAGGGAGUCAACUUUUCAGAAUGCAAGAAAUUCAUAUUGUAUAAGAUGAAAAAAUGAAAGCACUUUUUCGAAAAAUUUUAA